AUGUUGCAUGCCUUGUCCACUGCUGCCCUGGAACGCGCGCAAACACGAGACUCGCGAGAGGGUGGCUGUGGCUUAGAAUUUGGAGCGACAAGCCAUACGGCCACGCAGAGCUUGAGCGAUUUGACGGAUUCCGAUUCUGAAGAGGAGGAAGAGAUCACAUGCUGCUUUCGCCUGGGCCUUUGCAUCGGGUACGUGAUCCCCUCCUGGGGGCAUCUCAGUAUUGCCAAUGUGGGUCGGUCUUGGGCAGCCGGGGCAUUCGCACUUUGGCACUGCUAUGUCUUUUUGUCGUCUGCUGUCUUGAUAUAUGUCAACUGCACUGCUGCAUUAUUGAGAUGCUACAUCCAGUGGUUCUCGCAAGUUAGCAUGGCCUACGGAUUUGAGGGCAUUUGUUGCUUUGUCUCCACAACCACCGUUCUGGGCUUCCUUGGCGUUGCACUGAGAAGCUACUUGUUAAUUUCUACCACCAGUGACCUGCUCCGCUUUGCCUACUUGCUGUGCAAGGACGCAUGGAGACCUGAUGCCUUCGAAGCCUAUCGGAGGCUUUUGGUAGGCGAUGCCUGGAGAGAAUUGGAGGCUGGAGAAUUCUACACCCAUAGCUGGUCUGUUAGCCUGGGCCGCUGGCAGCGCACAUUUGAUGUGAUCUUCCAAUGCCUUCUGCAUUUUUCCUUGGAUAUAGUGCCCAUUUGCACUCUGGUUGGUUGCAUCUUCAUGACCCACCUGAGCGAGAUCUCCUUCUGUGAGCUUUGCUUCUUCAUCGGACUUUUCCACAUUCUGGCUUUUUACUUUCUUUGGCUCGUAGGCGAAGUCUCCCUCAAGGUCUUCAAUCUCCGCCAUGCCUGGCAGGUGGCUCGUGGCAGGGGCACUCGACAUUCACGGCCAAUUGUGGAUACCUGGGACAUUUGGGUGUCACCAAGCGACCUGCCUAUUGAAGCCCCCUUCCCGACUUUCCCGACUGAGAAGCGAUCGAUUUGCGUUUUUUGCUGCACCAUCUUUCACUGGCUGGAGUACCUUAUGCCAUCAGUUCUGGGUUUGGUGACCUUCAUUGUAGGCUUGAUUGUGCAUCAUCUCCAUCUUGCAAUUCUAGGUGCAGGGUUUGGAUUGGCCGCCUUCAUCAUGUUGCUGGUCUCCUUGCAGAAGCCUACGGAACUUAGCGAGUCUGAAGCUACGGAUUUUGAAGAGCAGAAGCUGUGCAGACGGCCCGUUGUGCCAGCCUUCAUCUACCGUGUCCUGCUCUAUCCGGAUGCCUUACAGUACUGGGGUGAGCGGUGGUGUCGCUUAAGUUUCCUUCAGCAGAAGAGACAGCGGUUUUUCUUUACCCUGACGCUCACUCUGUCAUCAAUUGUUUUCGCAGCUUUUAGAUUUACUGGCCUCUCAGUGGCCUGCGUGUUUGUAGUGCUGAUCAAUUUUCUUCGGCUGCUCUGGAUGCGGGUCGAGGGGCCAAUUGGUUGGCUUUGGGCAAUUUUGGAAGCCGUGGUGGAGUUCAUUGUGUUGAGCUACGUCAUCAUAGCGACCGCCCGAAACAAGUUUCAAGACGCAGCGAUUGUUUUGCUCUUGUCGCUGAUGCGUCAGUUUGGCUUUCAACGAGAGAUCUGCGCAGGCGAGCGGGUGCGACUCGCUACUAUGAUGGUCUUGGGAAUCACCAACGUGCUCUUUCUCAUUCUGGUGUGCUUUGCCGUGACAAGCUUUUGGGAGGAUGAGGAUUGGAGUGCUUUUGGCCAUGCCAUGAACGAGACCAAGUUUUAUGCAAUUCCCACUUAUUCUUCCAAUCAGUCUUACACUCCUCUACCUCUUUGUCGGCUCCGCUUCCCGAUUGGCACCGAGCUUGAAACACCAGAGCAAAGUUCUCUGAGCUUGGCUGAUUUUGGUUUGAUGGCUUCGCUGACCUACGAGCCGUCCUCUCGGGUUCGAGAGGGAUUGAGGCACUACUUUCCAAAAUGGCGUUUAGAGACAAAACCAGAGAGUGCGAGGUACAUCGACUGGGUCCGUUUCUUGAUGCUUACCUCUGAAGACAACAGCACUACGGUGAUCGCUGUGCGCGGCACGUUGGACUUCUUGGAUGCACUGCAAGAUGUGUCUUUGUGGCUGGUCCCCGCCCUUAUGCAGACCCUCGACUUUGUCGGCCCAGACAUCUCAUCUGGAGCUUGGGGAGAGAGCGUCGCAGAGCUCUCCACCCUUGUUCCAUUGUCAAUGAUCUCGGCUGAGAGGUCAUUCUCCUCAGUACUGGCAGCAACUGAGUUCAUGAUGAAAGCAUUUCCAGAAAGACUUUUUUAUAUUACUGGGCACUCAUUGGGUGGUGGUGUGGCGAAAUUGGUUUCGCUGAAGCUGAGUGCCACCGAAACAACCACCAUUGCCUUCUCAGCCCCCGGCAUUCGCCAUGCUGCACGGGUCCUCUUCGGGGAGUGGGCGCCACAGCCCAAGGCUUUGGACCGUGGCAACUCGCACGGCUUUGCGCGGAGGCUUUUUCGACUCUUGACGAGAGACCUCCAUAAGAAGCUCAAUCAGGACUCCCUGUCGACCAUCACAGUCAAGCCGGAGCAUGACAUCAUCUCUCGCAUUGAUUUGGACCGUGGCAAUGCCAUAGUGACACCCUGUGAUGAAAGAGCCUACCGCUGUCACAGCGCGAUGUUGCGAUCCUUGUCCCAUGCCGCUAUCGAGCACGCGCACACGAGAGAUUCUGCCUGGACAGACCCCCAUACUGGCAUCUCCGGCAUCUCAAGCUUGGCCGAUGAGAUCGACGAGUUUGAUGAAUCGGAUGCAGAGGAAGAGAAGAUGACCUGCUGCUUCCGCAUAGGCCUGUGUAUCGGCUACAUGAUCCCGACCUGGGGACAUCUCAGUAUAGCCAACGUGGGCCGAUCGUGGGCAGCAGGGGCAUGUGCACUUUGGCAUUGCUACAUGUUUUUCUCAGCUGCUUUGCUCAUCUUCUACAACUGCGCUGCCACUUUCUUGCGGUGCUACAUCCAGUGGUUUUCAGGCAUCAGCCUUCAUUUGAUGUCCUGGCGGAUUUGCUGCCACUUCGUCUAUGAGACAUUCCUGCACUUCUUUGGAACCCUCGUGAGGUGCUACAUUGUCCUGACUGUUGGGAGCGAUGUGCUCCGCUUUGCCUACUUGCUGUGCAAGGACGCAUGGAGACCUGAUGCCUUCGAAGCCUAUCGGAGGCUUUUGGUAGGCGAUGCCUGGAGAGAAUUGGAGGCUGGAGAAUUCUACACCCAUAGCUGGUCUGUUAGCCUGGGCCGCUGGCAGCGCACAUUUGAUGUGAUCUUCCAAUGCCUUCUGCAUUUUUCCUUGGAUAUAGCACCGCUUUGCUUACUGGUUGCAUGCAUGCUUAGCAAUGAUAUCACCCGAGUUUUCGUUUGCAAAGUAUGUUUGGCCAUUGGUGGCUUUCACGUCCUUGUCUUCUACUUUCUUUGGCUUGGCGGCGAAGUCUAUCUCAAAGUCAUGAGCUUUGCGCGUGCCUGGAAGAUGGCUCGUGGGGGUACUCGUCCACCACGGAUCGCGAUGCCCAUGAUGCCGGACACGGGGAGCCUGUGGAUGACGCCGGAGGGCAUGCAAUUUGCCUCCACCGAGAAACGAUCUUCAGCUUUUCACAACAAGUUUUCGUUUGUUUGGGAGACUAGAAUGCCAAAGGGUGCCCAAGAUGUUUUUCCAGCAUCCAAGAAGCAGGAUCGAUCUGCAAACAAUCUAGUCAUCGUGGGGUGCACUUUUGCGGGGCUGGCGCUCUUGAUUAUGGUGAUGACGUGGAGGAAUCCAAACAAUGAUGAGGAAGAGCAGGCCUGCAAGGAUCGUGUGCCGGCAUUCGUGCUUCGAGCCUUCACUUACCCAGAGGCUCUGCAAGAUUGGGGAGAGAAGUGGUGCCGCCUGGGUUACACCGCACAAAAGCGACAGCGCUACUCCUUUUUGAUUAUGCUGGCCGUGUCUGGGACCGUUUUUGGGGCAUUUAGAUUUGCUUUUCUCUCACUGGCUUGCUUGUUCCUGGUCCUUGUGGCGUUCUUUCGGCUGCUUUGGAUGCGGGUGGAAGGCCCUGCUGGUUGGCUGUGGGCUUUUCUGGAAGCUUUUGUGGAGUUCAUACUUCUGAACUAUGUGAUCAUAGCUACCGCCAAAGACAAAUUUCAAGAUGCAGCAGUCAUUUUCCUUCUGUCGCUGAUGCGCCAAUUCGGCUUUCAAAGGGAGGUGGUUGGAGGCGAGCGAGUACGAAUUGCCGCCAUGAAUGUCCUUGGAAUCAUUCAUUUUCUCUUGGUGAUUCUUGUGUGCUUUGCCUUGGAAAGUUUCUGGGAAGAUUAUGAUUGGAGUGCUUUUGCACCGGUCAUGAGCGAAACCAAGUACUAUCCGAUUUCCCGAUACCCUUUGGAGUCUAAAACUCCGUUGCCUCUUUGCCUGCUGCGCUUUCCCAUGGGCACCAGCAAGCUGGGAGCUCCAGAAUCUACUCCACUGAGCCUUGGCGAUUUCGGUUUAAUGGCCUCGCUCACCUAUGAAACGAGUAGCCGCGCUCAACAGGCCCUAGAGCACUACUUCGCUGUCUCAGAAUGGCGGAUCGAAAGGAGGCCAGAGACCGACAUGGACUGGGUCCGAUUCCUGAUGUUCACAUCGUCUGACAAUAGUACAACUGUGAUCACCGUGCGUGGUACGAUGGACUUCUUGGAUGUUUUGCAGGAUGUAGCUUUGUGGUUGGUUCCUGCUCUCAUGCAAGCCAUGAACUUUGUCGGUCCUGAUGUGUCCUCUGGAGCAUGGGGUCAGGCCAUAUCAUCACUUUCUCGCCUCAUUCCUUUAUCGACUGUGAACACAGAGAGGUCGUUCUCGUCCGUGCUUGCUGCAACAGAGUUUAUGAUCAAAUCACACCCGGAGCGGCUUUUCUACUUGGCGGGGCACUCAUUGGGAGGUGGUGUGGCAAAAUUGGUGGCCCUGAAACUCAGUGCUGCAGGCUUGCAGAAAGGUGCUUACGCUGCUUCACCGCUGACUUUGGCGUUCUCUGCACCAGGAAUUGCCCACGCUGCACGUGUCAUGUUUGGGGAGUUGCCAAGGGCCCUUCAUGACAAGUUGGAAGAGGAUGAGAUGUCAACGCUAACUGUAAAGCCUAUGCAUGACAUCAUCUCUCGCAUCGACAUCGACCUCGGCAACUCCGUCGUUACACCUUGCGAAGGAAGAGCUUGGCAGUGUCACAGUAUCUAUCGGACUCUGUGGGGCAUCUUCAAGACGUGCGGCUCCAUGACGCAUCGGAAUCUGACGGUUCCCUGCGGUUGGUCGCCCGAGGCACCUUGCUAA